CAUGAACCCAGUAGAGGAAAUGGAAGAUGCAGUAAGAGACUCAAACCAUACCAUAGCCAGGAGCGCUGCAAGGUUUUAGUCAGUUCCACCAGGAGAGUACAGAUCAGUCUGUUACUGAAAGAGAAGGGGACUCAGACAUCCUCAGAAGUGAGAGAUCAGCUGAAAUCACCCCUGAGUGUGAAAACAGCCUGUAAUAAGUCAUUUCUGUUGCCUGACCACUCUGAAGAGGAUGGACAGGAGAAGAUUUUACAGAAGAAUGGACAGAUAUCCAACAUCAAUGGCAUAGCAGAAGAGCAAGUGGAGCUGAACCUACAGCCAGGGGAGUUGAAUGGACAGCAGGCAGAAGUAGCUGUAAUUGAUGUUGGACAAAGAGAACCUACAGAUGUGAUUGUAAAAGAAGAGCUACCUGAAAAUAUGGAAGCCAUGCCACCAGAAUCAACUGAUAAGGAUGGUGUGGAAGAUGUACAGAAGGAUGUUCAAGAAGCUAAUGAACAAUUGCAAUCAGAAGAAGACAAUGUAGAAGAGCUAGAACAACCCAGUGAGUCUCAGGCUAAUGAUGUUGGAUUUAAAAAGGUUUUUAAAUUUGUUGGAUUCAAGUUUACUGUUAAAAAAGAUAAGACAGAAAAGUCUGAACCGGUUCAGCUACUGACCGUAAAAAAAGAGGAAGCAGAAAUGGCAGCAAAUGGAGCAGGAGAUCAUAAAGAAGUUGAGCUAGAAAAGGUAGAGGAAGCGACACCAAGUGAAGUGAUUCUCUCUGCAGAAAAGACUGAAGAAGAAGAACCAAUCAGUGAGGAAGGGAAAGAUGAAUCUCCUCCUGAAAAGGCAGCAGAAAGCCCUAGUGAGGAAGCUGAAGGAAAUGAAGAGGCAGAAGGAAGAAAAGAACCUAGCAAGUCACCCGAGUCUCCAACAAAUGCAUUAGUUAAUGAAACUGCAUCACCACUAAGAAAAUUCUUUACUCAGGGUUGGGCUGGGUUUAGGAAAAAGACAAGUUUUAGGAAGACUAAAGAGGAUGAGCAGCAGACUUCUGAGAGGGGAAAACAAGAGCAAGAAAAAGAUGUUGCAGAGAUCCCAUUAGAAACAAGUGAGGAGAAAACUGAGAGAGAAAAGGAGGAGCAAGAAGGGAAAGUGACAGAGAUCCCAGUAGAGAUCCUAGCAGAAGCAAGUUUGAAGGAAGAAAGUAUUCCUUCUGAACAGCCACUUCCACAACAGACCAUUGAAAGUGUAAACAAGGAAUCUGAAAUACUCUGUGAAGAAAAAGGAGAUCUUUCCCCUGAAGAAAUAUCAAAACCAGUGAAAGAAGGUAAAAUAUCCCCAGAAGAAAAAAAUGAAAUACACUUUGAAGAGAAAUCUGAACUAGCAGAAUUAGAAGAAUCUAAAGGAAAAUCCAAAGAAGGGUUUGAAACUGUUGUUCCAGUGGCAAUAGAAGUGUUUGGUGAAAAAAUUGAGAAGUCUGAACCAAUAGCUCCACUAGCAAGUGAAAUCUUUGAUGAAAAGAUAGAGACAGAGGUAGAAGUUCAUGUUAGCACUAUAGAAGUUAAAACAAAUGAGAGAGAACAGAUGUUGUCUUCAGCUUCUGAGCAAUCAGUUGAAGGAGAUGGUGAGAUACAAAGAAUUGAACAGUUGAAGGCCAAAGAAACAGUAGAGAUAAUAGUGGACGAUCAUGUCAAGCAAAUAGAACCAAGCCCUGAAGAUGCAGCUGCAUGUAAACCUCCAGAAGGUAUCACAAAUGAGGUUGAACUGUUGUCCUCACAAGAAAGAGCCAAAGUGCAAGGCAGCCCCUUAAAGAAACUUUUUACUGGUACUGGUUUAAAGAAACUUUCUGGAAAGAAGCAUAAAGGAAAGAGAGAAGAAACUAAGCCAGGGGAACAAGCAGAACAAAUUCAACAUUUAGCUGAUUCCCCAGAAAGUCCAGAAGAACAAAAAGCAGAGAGCUCUGCCUCUUCACCUGAAGAAUCAACAGAGCCUCCUUCGGUGGAUAAAGCCAUAGAUGUAACACAGCUCACUGAAACAGAAGAAGGAGUAACUUCAGAUGUAGAGAGGAAAAGAGAGUGUGUUACUCCUUGGGCAUCGUUUAAAAAGAUGGUGACUCCUAAGAAACGUGUCAGAAGGCCUUCUGAAAGUGACAAAGAAGAAGAAAUUGAUAAGGCAAAGAGUGCUACCUUGUCUUCUACUGAAAGUGCAGUCUCUGAAAAUCAAGAAGAAACUAAAGUAAAUGGUGAGGAGCAGAAGCUAGAAAAAAGCACAGAAGAGCCAAAACGAAAGGUUGAUACUUCUGUAUCAUGGGAAGCCUUAAUUUGUGUAGGCUCCUCCAAGAAAAGAGCUAGGAAAUCAUCCUCUUCUGAUGAGGAAGUAGGACAGAGGCUUGCUCAAGAAGGUCAAAAAAUAGAUGACAUUGGACAAAGCAAUGAAACUGCACCAGACCCUAUCCUAACUAGUUCCCAAGAAAGUGAUCAAGGACAAGGAAGUUCCUCACCAGAACAAGCUGGAAGUCCAUCUGAAGGAGAGGGUGUUUCAACCUGGGAAUCAUUUAAAAGGCUAGUCACUCCAAGAAGAAAAUCCAAAACCAAAAUGGAAGAGAGAACUGAAGAAUCUGUGUUAGUUUCCAGCAUAGAACAUUCUACUUCAGAUGGUGAACCUGGAAAAGAAGAAACAUGGGUUUCAUUUAAAAAAUUAAUACCUGGUCGUCGGAAGAAAAAGUCUGAUGGGAAGCCAGAACAAGCUUGUGUUGAGGAAGCUGGAGAAGAAAUGACAGAAACCAAUGAAGAAGACUCCGAUGUUCCAGCUGUUGUUCCUUUAUCUGAGUAUGAAGCAGCUGAACAAGAAAAAAUUGAAGCCCAACAAGCAACACAAGCUGAGGAAAUAAGGGAAGGAACUUUAGAUGAAAAGAGAGCUGAAAAAUUAGAAGAUACCUUAAUUAUUGAGCAAUCUAAUGAAGGACUGGUUCAUGCAGUUACUGUGACUGUUGUAGAAGGGGAGAGAGCAGUAACUAGUAUAGAAGAAAGAUCACCAUCUUGGAUAUCUGCUACGGUGACCGAGUCCAUUGAACAGGAAAAAGAUGAACAACAACCAACUGAACAGAUAUUUAAAACUGAAGUUGCUGUAGAAGAGAAAGUGGUGGUUACUAAAACUUUGCCAGAGUUGAGUAAGGAUGUUAGUGAUGAUACUAUAGUAAGUGAACUGGAGUUAACUUCAGAAGCAUUGACAGCACUAGAAGAGGCAACAGAAGUUUCCUGUGGUGAAGGAGCAAUAGAGAUGUCUGUUGCAGAGGAGACGACUGAGAUGGUUUCUGCAGUGUCACGGUUAACGGAAUCCCCAAACACUACGGAAGAAGUUACACCUGUGCAGGAGAUGGAAGGGACUGAACAAAAUUUAGAAGAAUUAAAUAAACAAACACAGGAAAUUCUUGAGGAAGUUGUAGAAAGAGUGAAGCUGUCAGAUGAAGCACAGAUAAGCAAAAGAACUGUGACAGGAGUCCUUACUCAAUCAGUACAGAAAAUUGGAUCUGAAAAGAAAGAUGAAGCUAAUGAAGUUAAAAACAUGUGUCAAGAAACUGUGUUGGCUAAACAGUCCUUAAAGAAAGAGGAACCUGAAGAGACUGACAUUCAACACAUGGUAACUGUAGGAAGUGUUCAAGGCAGAAAUGAAGCUCAUGAAAGUGUUCCACAGGAAAUGUCAGAGAUGGGUGAAAAGUAUGCUGUGAUGAAGGAACACACAGGAGAAGCUAAAAGUCUGGAUAGAUUGGCAGAUAGAAGUCAGUUACAAGAAACCGAACAAUCAUUUGUAGAAAGACAUGAAGAAACACUUACUAAAGUAGAAGGAAUUCCAGAGAAAUAUAAAUUGAAAGAGGAGGAAUUUUACAGUAGUGUCGCAGUAACUACCAAGGCAGGGCCUGAAGUGAAAGCUGAGUAUGUAUCAGUAGAAGAACCACAAGAAAUCUCAACUGAAGAGGCUGAAGUAAAGUUAAUAGAAAUAACUCCAGGUGAAAUCAUAGAUGAAGGUUCUCCAGAACUGGAUGGAUCUGUAAUUGAAAUACAUGAUGCAAAGCUUGAGUUUUCCCAGGAAUUUAAGCAAGCGGUGGACAUGGUGCCUAGCUUACAAUCAAAAUGCAUGCAAGUAACUGUAACAGAAGCCCCUUUGCAGAGUGAUGUAACUGAAACCCCUAUUCAAAGUGAGACAGAAAAUGCCAUGCUCACGUUGGAAUCAAAAUGUAGAGAAGCAGUUGCAGCUGAGUCCCACUGUUGGCCUGAGGGGACGGACAUCCCAGUACAGAGUGAAGGGGAAGAUGCCAAGGAGGCCUUAGAACCAACUUACCCAGAAGCUCUUGCAAGUGAGAUUCCUGUGAAGAAAGAGGUGGAAGAUGCCGUGUUUACCUUAGAAUCAGAAUGCACUGAAGUACUUUCAUUGGAAGCUCCUGUGCAGAAUUGUGUAACUGAGGCCUCUACACAAAGAGAGGGGCAAGAUGCUAUGUUUAAUGAAGAAUCAAAGGGCAUAAAGGUCAUGGCACAGAGUGAAGUGACUGAGGCCACCAAGCAGAGUGAAGUGGAAGGAACUGUUCUUGAAGGAGUGAUGCAGAGUGAGGUGAUCAAGGCUCCUGUGAAGGAGGUGGUGAAAGAUGCCGUGCUUACCUUAGAAUCAGACUGCACUGAAAUAGUUUCACCUGAGGCUCCAAUGCAGUGUGACCUGGCUGAGGCCUCUGAACAGCGUGGGGUGGAAGAUGCUGUGCAGACUGUAGAACAAGAAUGCACAAAAACACUUGCAACUGAGGCCCCCAUGCAAAGCGAGGUGCGAGAUACCGUACCUCUCUUGAAAGCAAAAUGCACAAGCACAAUUGCUACUGAGGCUACAAUGCAGACUGACAUGGAAGAAAUUGCCACUAAGGCUACAGUGCCGAAUGAGGAUGAGUCUGUACUUAACAUAGGAUCUAAAUGCAAAGAAAUAACUGCAAUAGAAACCAGCAUGAAGAGUGAGGGCAGUGAGAUCUCUAUGCAGAGUGAGGUGGAAGGUGCCUUGUUUUCCUUAGAAUCCAAAUGCAAAGAGGCAGUUGUAACUGGAGAUGCCAUGCAGAGCGUGGUGAUUGAGUCCCCUGUGACAAGAGAGGCAGAAGGUGCUGUGCUUACCGUUGAAUCAGAAAGCACUGAAGCGGUUGCAUCUGAGGCCCCCAUGCAGAAUGAUGUAGAAGAUGCCCCAUGUAAUUUACAGCUGGCAGUUGUAAAUGAGGCCUCUGUGCAGAGCGACAUGUGUCCUAAGGAACUGCCUGUGCAUGGAAAGGGAGGUGAAGAGGAGGCCAUGGAAGCAAAGCAAACACUUCUGCUGACUGCAACAAAUUCAAGUUGCAGUCAGAGAGAGGAAAUCAAGUCUGAGCUAAUGAGGGAAAUAGAAAAAGAUUUGCUGCUUGAAUCUGGAAAAUUGGAAGUUGCAAGUGGUGAUAAACUUUAUUCGACUCCCAUGCAGCAAGAGAUUUUAGCUGUGCAGCUGGAAGCUACUGGUUCACCCAUUCCUAGCAUUGAAAGCUCUGAGGCUCAAAAAGCAUCCGUACAGCUGAUUACAGCUGCAGCAGUUGAAGAACAAAUUGUUGCAGAAACUGUGGCACCUAUGGAAACCCCAGCUGAAACUUUAGAAGCUGUGCCUGAGAAACUGUCCUCUGAACUAGUCCAAGGAACUACCAUUGCUCAUUCAGAAUUUGGGGCUACAGUCAGUAGGAGUGAAGAAACAGUGUCGGUAUCAGAGAUGAGCAUCACAACAGUGGAUGGAAAGACUGAGACAGCAACAAGCUCCACAACACACGAUAAAAUAGUUUCUCAAGAUAAAAAAAGCCCAAGUCUAACCCACAUAGAAUUUGAAAAAGAUGUUGUUCAGUCUGUCACCAUAGAAUCACAGAGUACAAAAAUUGUAUUAAAGAUAAUUCAGACUGCCGUUGACAAACUCGAAAAUACAGAAGAGCCAGCUGCUGUGUCACAGAAGCAGAUGGAAUCAACAGAUGGAAGCCAAAAAGAUAUAAAUAUAUAUGGAGUUCAGGAUAGCAUACAGGCGGAUCAGCAGCUUCUUGUAAAAGGUGGAGACACAAUAGAGGAUAAAGAACGAGAGUUCCAGCAACCAAGUAUAAUCAAACCUAUUUUAACACAGUCUGCAGAGAAACAGGCUACUGUACAACAAACAGAAGAUGUGCCAUUAAUUUCUGGUAUGUCAAAAGAGGGAGAAAUUCAGGAUUCAGGAAAAAUUGUGCCGGUUCCUGAAGAUCUUUCAAGUGAAAGUUUAGGGGCUCAAAAAUCAGCAAUGUAUAUGACCGUUUCAGAAGACUUAUCUAAAUCUAAAGAGACAACAACAAAUGACCAACCAAAGCUAAAGGAAGAAGCCGCAGGGCUGACUGUGAAAACCCAAGAGAAAUGCCAGUCUGUGGAAGACAUGAAGACACAUAGAGAAGAUGUAAAUUAUCAAGAAUACACCUCUUGUGAGAGUCCACAAUCAAAGACCGAGCUCACCAAAUCUUGAGGCCUAAUCAGUUCCAUUAAAUGUGUGUGUUACGUUUGGAGAUACCAGAAUAUGAAGAAGGCAAGAGCAGAAUGUGGAAUCUGCUGAUUGGUCUGUAGACCAAUGUAAGUUUCUGAAUUGUGAGACUAGACAGACCAUCAAUAUCUGUGUUAUUCCUUGAGAGCAGCUGACAAUCCUGAGACAACAUCAGGAGCUUUAGUCAUCACCCUCUACUCUUGGAUGUUAACAUUUCCUCUUUUCAAGACUUCUUUAUUUUUGUUUGAUAAAAUUAUGAAAAAGUGAUGUCUGAUUUAAAUGCCUAUUGGCAAUGCCCAGUCUCUAUUGUUCCAGAUUUCCCCCUACUAAAAUGCUUCCAAAACUGGAGUGUAAUUCUUUGUGUAUUUAUAUAUAUAUAUAUAUCAUAAACCCAGUUCUGAUUUUAAUGUAUAUUUUUUUCAUCUUAUGAUUUUUGAAAAUGCAAAAUGAUAUACAUUUGCAUCACAAUAUAUGAGACUAAGUGCAUGUGACCAUGGUGAAGCACUGAGAGAGCUACAGCUGGCCACAAAUUAUCUUCAUUAAAUUUAGGCAGGUGUUCCACUUAGUGGAUGGAGAUAAGAACUGAUAAAUUUAAGACAUUGUGCUAGUUGUUCCUGCUUCCAUAAAAGAACAUUCAUGGUCAAAAAGUACAAUUCUUAUUUGGAAACCUACUAAUGUAAAUUAUUAGGCAGAAGUUAAUUUUGCAUUUACCUCUGUAGGGAGUACACUAUAAAUUGUAUUGAAAGCAUUUAAAGUUCACUUUAUUCCAGUUUGAUUUUUUCUGAAACCACCUCGGUGGAAGCUAGAAGUCCUAAAGAGUUACAAAUAUAUGCAUUUCAGAUUCUAUUGCAGCCUUGCAAUGGCAAUUUCAAUAAAUUAUUGUGCUUAAAUCGAAUUGAAAAAAGGCUAUUUUAGCAUUAGGAAGAAAAGGAUUGUUGUUGUUGUUUUUGCAUUUUACUGUUCCCUGUCUCCUUGAGCCACACACAUGCCAUGAAAUGAGACAUUCUUGAAAAAAAAUGUUUUGAUAGAUACUGGAUUAUGUCCACCCCAUAUUUGUGCCCACUUCUUUUUAGAACAGUGUGUUUCAUUAUGCUCAUGUACAUUUGGCAGAUUGUGAUUUCUGAAAAUGAUUUAAAUAAAAUAUUUGCCUAUACUUAGCUCUGUUGGUUUUAAUUAAGAGUUGGCAAACCUGGAACAAAAUAUUUCUCCAUUUUUUUUUUUUUUUAGGUGUAAAAUCGCAGGCUUGACAUUAAAUAACU